GUGCCCUCAAAUAACGCCCUACUCCUGGCUUCAGUAGACUCCACUGCGACUAGGUCCUGAGUACCCCGGAGAGUAGAGAGGCCGCGGGGAAGCAGGUCGCCAGGGGAACAGAGAUGCCCUUGGCCCACACCGCGCCUCCCUCUUGAACUAAGGUGACUCUCCCUGACCGCCUUCCUGUAGUUGAAUCUCAACCACCCGGACUACUAAUAAGAGGAAAACGAAAGGAGAAAAAGGAAGGGAGCAUGGCAACAAGUAUGCUCUAGUAGAUCUAGGCAACGUGGGGAAGAAUGACAAGAAUCAAACUGAAACACUGGAACGCUGCUCAGGGCUCGCUUGCGUUAACACAUUGGCACCAGUCUCGCUGGGCUGUGAAUUAUAUGGAAAUUCCUUGUUUACUAUCCUCGUAGGAGGUCCGUCAUGAUCUCUCGGCUGGCGAACUCCAGGGGUCAGACGCUUACUAGUUAGGGGGGCCAGCCGUCCUACAGGGUGCCCAGCUCGGAAGACUGGCUGGUCUUCCACUUGUCCGCAGCUUCCACCCCGAGGGCCUUGACCCCCCUCAGAUGUGGUGCCGACCAACGGCCGUCCUUCCUUCACUUGACCGAGUCAGAGCUGCAGCCCACAGCAGAAGCUGCAGGGGCUGGGCAGGGCUCCAGGCCGGAGGGGCCGGGAAGCGUGAGCUGCGCUCCGCCGUGCCUGGCACAGAAGCGGAGCAGCGGCUCCUUUGUGGGCUGCCACGUCCCACUCCCCGGCGCACAGCGGGGACGGUGGAUCUGCAGGGUGAUUGAUAAGUGAGAGCGAGUGGCCGCCGGACCCCCCUCCUCCCUCCUGCUCUUUCCCCUCCUCCCUCCCGGCGCCCUCCUCCUUCCUGCCAGAAGCCAGCACGGUGGCGAGCCGUUCAGUGGGAACCUGCCUGCCCUUGGGGGCGCCGCCCGCGCUCGCCACCGUGUCCCGGCCCGCGGGUCGCGGUGCUCCGACGGUGCGCCGGUUCCCGCACCUGCUCGGGUCGCAGAUGCGGUGGGCGCCUCCGGGCGAAGCUGCGGGCGGCGCGCCGGUUGGAUGUUAAACUACCGGUGGACCGCGGAGGAGAGGGGUCCCGUCUUCUCCUGAUGCUUAGAAAAAAAAGUAAAGCAAUUUCUGCUGCGAGCCCAAGGCGGGCGAGCCGCCGAGAUCGCUUCAAGAUACCCCAGGGGAGGAGGAGAUGGGCUGGAUUUAGUAGGACAACUCGGUUACUAAUGACUCCGCGGCUGGCUGCGACCCGCCGGGAAAUCAGGUUUGCCUGUAGGUACCUGAGCUGACACCGACGGUGCCUAAAGAUGCUGAGCGGCGUUUGGUUCCUCAGUGUGUUAACCGUGGCCGGGAUCUUACAGACGGAGAGUCGCAAAACUGCCAAAGACAUUUGCAAGAUCCGCUGCCUGUGCGAAGAGAAGGAAAACGUACUGAAUAUUAACUGCGAAAACAAAGGAUUUACAACUGUUAGCCUGCUCCAACCCCCCCAGUAUCGCAUCUAUCAGCUUUUCCUCAAUGGAAACCUCCUGACCAGACUAUACCCGAACGAAUUCGUCAAUUACUCCAACGCGGUAACACUCCACCUCGGCAACAACGGGCUGCAGGAGAUCCGCGCCGGGGCGUUCAGCGGCCUGAAGACCCUCAAGAGGCUGCAUCUCAACAACAACAAACUCGAGGUGCUGAGGGAGGACACCUUCCUGGGCCUGGAGAGCCUCGAGUACCUCCAGGCUGACUACAAUUACAUCAGUGCCAUCGAGGCAGGGGCCUUCAGCAAACUGAAUAAGCUCAAAGUGCUCAUCCUGAAUGACAACCUUCUGCUGUCGCUGCCCAGCAAUGUGUUCCGCUUUGUCCUGCUGACCCACUUAGACCUGAGGGGGAACAGACUGAAAGUGAUGCCUUUCGCUGGCGUCCUCGAGCACAUUGGAGGGAUCAUGGAGAUUCAGUUGGAGGAAAACCCAUGGAAUUGCACUUGUGACUUACUUCCUCUCAAGGCUUGGCUGGACACCAUCACUGUUUUCGUGGGGGAGAUUGUUUGUGAAACUCCCUUCAGAUUGCACGGGAAAGAUGUGACCCAGCUGACCAGGCAAGACCUCUGUCCCAGAAAAAGUACUGGUGACUCCAGUCAAAGGGGUAGCCAUGCUGACACACACAUCCAAAGGCUGUCACCCACAGUGAAUCCUGCUCUCAACCCAACCAGGGCCCCAAAAGCCAGCCGGCCACCCAAAAUGAGAAAUCGCCCGACUCCCCGGGUCACCGUGUCAAAGGACAGGCAGAGCUUUGGCCCAAUCAUGGUGUACCAGACCAAGUCCCCUGUGCCCCUCACCUGCCCCAGUAACUGUGUCUGCACCUCUCAGAGCUCAGACAAUGGGCUAAAUGUGAACUGCCAGGAAAGGAAGUUCACCAACAUCUCUGACCUGCAGCCCAAACCUACCAGUCCAAAGAAACUCUACCUAACAGGGAACUAUCUCCAAACUGUGUAUAAGAAUGACCUCUUAGAAUACAGCUCUUUGGAUUUGUUGCAUUUAGGAAACAACAGGAUUGCAGUCAUUCAGGAAGGUGCCUUCACAAAUCUGACCAGUUUACGCAGACUUUAUCUGAAUGGCAAUUACCUGGAAGUGCUGUAUCCUUCUAUGUUUGAUGGACUGCAGAGCUUGCAGUAUCUCUAUUUAGAGUAUAAUGUGAUUAAGGAAAUUAAGCCUCUGACCUUUGAUGCUUUGAUUAACCUCCAGCUCCUGUUUCUGAAUAAUAACCUGCUACGGUCCUUACCUGAUAAUAUAUUUGGGGGCACGGCCCUCACCAGGCUGAAUCUGAGAAACAACCAUUUUUCUCACCUGCCUGUGAAAGGGGUUCUGGAUCAGCUUCCUGCUUUUAUUCAGAUAGAUCUGCAAGAGAACCCAUGGGACUGUACCUGUGACAUCAUGGGGCUGAAGGACUGGACAGAACAUGCUAAUUCCCCUGUUAUCAUCAAUGAGGUGACCUGCGAAUCUCCCGCUAAGCACGCAGGGGAGAUACUGAAGUUUCUGGGGAGGGACGCUAUUUGCCCAGACAGUCCAAACUUGUCUGAUGGAACCAUUUUGUCAAUGAAUCACAACACAGACACACCUCGGUUGCUUAGUGUGUCUCCCAGUUCCUAUCCUGAACUACACACUGAAGUUCCACUUUCUGUCUUAAUUUUAGGAUUGCUUGUUGUCUUUAUCUUAUCUGUCUGUUUUGGAGCUGGUUUAUUCGUCUUUGUCCUGAAACGCCGAAAGGGGGUGCCAAGUGUUCCCCGGAGUGCCAACAACUUAGAUGUGAGUUCCUUCCAAUUACAGUAUGGCUCUUACAACACCGAGACUCAGGAUAAGACAGAUGGUCACGUCUAUAACUAUAUCCCCCCACCUGUGGGUCAGAUGUGCCAAAACCCCAUCUACAUGCAGAAGGAAGGAGACCCAGUAGCUUAUUACCGAAACCUGCAAGAAUUUAGCUAUGGCAACCUGGAGGAGAAAAAAGAAGAGCCAGCCACACUUGCUUACACUAUAAGUGCCACCGAAUUGCUAGAAAAGCAGGCCACACCAAGAGAGCCUGAGUUGCUCUACCAGAAUAUUGCCGAGCGAGUCAAGGAACUCCCCAGUGCAGGACUAGUCCAUUAUAACUUUUGUACCUUACCCAAAAGGCAGUUCUCCCCUUCGUAUGAAUCUCGACGCCAAAACCAAGACAGAAUCAAUAAAACCGUUUUAUAUGGAACUCCCAGGAAAUGCUUUGUGGGGCAGUCAAAGCCGGACCACCCUUUACUGCAAGCUAAGCCGCAAUCAGAACCAGACUACCUCGAAGUUCUGGAAAAACAAACUGCAAUCAGUCAGCUGUGAAGGGAAACCAUUUACAACCCUGUGGCAUCAAAGGAUGCUGCUCCAAACUCUUGGAAGCACUGCAUUUGCUUUUGUGUGUGUUUGUGCUCUCCCUUUUCCCAGCGGCCAUGGGGGACUUUGAAAAUGGUGGGGGUAUGGGAUGAAGCAGCGAUACUGCUUUUCCAAGUUUUCCUUUAAGUUAUUUCUCUCUUGCUCCAAACCGCCACCUUUUCUUCCCUUCUCUCCUUAGGAAUCAUCACUGAACGUGAAUGUUUCUACAGUGCAGUUUUUCAUAUAUUGUUUAUGGGUUUGUUUCUUUUCCCUUCUUUUAUUUUUCCAGUGUGGGAAUGGGAAGAGGAGAUGAUAGUGAAUGAAGAAAGAGUAAGCAAAUUUUUCAAAUGAAAAUGAAUAGUGUAUUUUGUAGAAGAUCUCCUAAGAUCUUUUGAGACUAUACAUUCUUUUGUAAAUAAUGAUAUAUGGUAUUUCUGUCUUCAGUUACCGAGUAUAGCCACUAGGCAUCACUUCUUUGUGUUAAAGUGCCUUUGCACUUUAAGUACAUUACUUAAAUGUUGCUUUUAGCUUUGAUAAAUUGAACAUAUUUUAAUGUGUUGUAUUUUUGAAAUUAAGAACACUGUAAAAUAGAUCGAAAUGUCAGCUAUAUUAAGUCAACGUACAGUUUGCUUGAGUUAUAGAAUCCAGCCUGUCAUCAAAUGAUUCUAGUUCUAGGACUUUUGAGAUUUAACUGUAAAAUAUUUCCUUUCCUCUGAAUUUGUUCUAAGUGAUUUUAUUUAAGUCAACUAAAGGGAUUUAACAGUGGGCUAGAGGUAAUAAACCGCCUCAGUUGGGAUUAGUAAUUCAUUAAUAAAAUAUAUUUAACCCAA